AUGGGGCUGAAAAAGAAAAUAUGGCAAGGGACCAUUCACACAACCAGGGAAACGCGGACGACAUACGACGUCAUUGGAUUCAUCGCGGGAAUUGAGCCAGAUCGUUAUGUAGUGGUUGGUAACCACCGUGAUGCCUGGGUCUAUGGGGCCGUUGAUCCAAGCAGUGGCACGGCAGCUUUUAUGGAGGUGUCUCGUGUGUUCGGAGAACUUAGAAAAGAAGGUUGGAAGCCUAGACGGUCCAUCUUGUUUGCAAGCUGGGGAUCCGAGGAGUAUGGUCUGUUAGGAUCAACCGAGUUCGUUGAGGAGUUUCAGCGGAUUCUUGCUGCGAGAGCUGUUGCAUACAUCAACGUGGAUGGAGCCGUCUCGGGUAACUACAGCCUGGGUGUGAAGACUACGCCAUUGCUUUACAAACCAAUCUGGGAAGCUUCCAAAAAGGUACCAGAUCCAGAGGACGUUGCUGCGUCUUUGUAUGACAGUUGGCGACAAAGACGUCCCGCCGAUGACACUGACCCUAACACACUGCCAGUGAUGAGCAAUUUGGGGGCAGGGAGUGACUUUGCCCCGUUUAUGUACCGUAUAGGAGUGCCAGCCGUUGAUCUACGGUAUUCUUAUGACAAGAAACUUGGUAUAUCGAGCUACCCCGUUUACCAUUCGGUCUAUGAGACCUUCUAUUACAUGAAGACCUUCCUUGAUUAUGGAUUCCUGAGGCACCAGGCUGUGGCCAGACUGUGGGCAGAAGUUGCACGUGAUCUAUCAGAGUCCGCCAUCUUGCCCUUCGACUGCAAUGAUUAUGCUAAUAAGAUUCGGGGAACAAUGGAUGACGUCAAGAGUGCUUACGAAUCUCAGAUGGCACUGAAAGGAAUAACAUUCGAAUACAUUGACUCUGCCCUGUCCAACUUCUCUUCGACUGCUGCAGAAUUUCAUAAAGUAAUUGAGCAAACUGACAACAAAGAUUUAAUGGCUGUCCGUCGUGUCAACGAUCAGUUGAUGCAAUUGGAGAGGGCAUUCAUCGACCCGCUUGGACUCCCAGACCGAAAGUUUCUAAGGCAUAUUGUGUUUGCCCCAAGCAGUAAUAACUACUACGCCGCCGAUGCCUUCCCAGGCAUCAUCGACGCCAUGUUUCGGAUCGAUGAAGAUCCCGAUCAGAAAUCACGCUGGGAGAUCGUGCGCCAACAAAUGGCAGUCACUACACAUGCUAUCCAAUCAGCGGUUAGCACACUGCAGGAUGUACUUGCAUUUGACGGGUAGCUUCUAUAAUGGGCGAGAUUUCACAAAUCACUCUAAGUUAAUCUUACGAUGAAUUGUAAAUAUUGCCUUCUUAAAACUUUCGCAUUGAUCUCUGUACCCCCCCCCC